AUUCCUUUUUGGUUGCAUUUUUAUUAUUAAUUUGUGGUGUGAGGGAGAUCGAGGAGAAUCAUCCACAACGGAGAGACGAGAGGAGGAUGAGAGGAAGAAAAGUAUGACAAGUAACUCAGAGUUAUCACAAGUACUCGAGCAGCAGCAGUAGAAGAACGAAGAGUGGAGAAGGAAAAGGAGGAGGAGGAAGAGAAAGAAAGAAAGAAAAAAGUAUCCUUUCUGGUUCUUGCAUAUUUUCCCUUCUCUUUCUCUCUCUCUCUCUCUCUCACACACACAACACACACACAAGGAGGAGAGGAGGUGGAUUGGAAACGGAAAGGAACUUAUAUCUUCUCUAUCUUCCAUCUUUUUAUAUCUGAUAUCCAAUUGUUUGUUUGGUUUUGCCAGCUGCUUUGUUUGUUCUUUAGUAGAGGUGUGGGAAUAAAGAGCAGUGAUUUUGGAGGUUUUUGUUUAGUGCUGUGUGAUCUUGAGGAGGAGCUAGGCCUGAACAAAGUUGGAGCUCAUGGUUUCAUGUUGGCUAGCGAGUGUUUUCUUCUGCGGCGCAGAUAUGGAGCAGUAGCUCGUGUCGUCUGACAUCGAUCGCUCUCCAGAAACCAAACAAGCAACAAUUUGAGAAAGAGGAAGAUAAGAACAACAAGGAGAAGAAGACCGUGUCCGGAUUCCGCUUUAAGAUGCAAGCGGCUCCGUCUUCUUCGUCGUCCUCCUCCAUGCACUUCUUCGGAUUGAUCAGAGAUGAAGAUCACCAACUCAUCCACCAAACGCUGCCGCAGCUACCGUCGCAGACGCAGCAAUUAGUCACGCCGCCACCGCCGCCGCCGCCGCCACCUGGAUCGUCGUUGACCACUGAUACUUCUCCAACUACAGUUCCUCCCAAGAAAAAGAGGAACCUCCCUGGAAAUCCAAUUGCAGAUCCUGAUGCGGAAGUGAUAGCGCUGUCGCCGAAAACGCUGAUGGCGACGAACCGGUUCAUCUGCGAGGUGUGCAGCAAGGGGUUCCAGCGGGAGCAGAACCUGCAGCUGCACCGGCGCGGCCACAACCUGCCGUGGAAGCUGAAGCAGAAGAACCCGAACGAGGUGCGCCGCCGGGUGUACCUCUGCCCCGAGCCGACCUGCGUCCACCACGACCCCUCCCGCGCCCUCGGCGACCUCACCGGCAUCAAGAAGCACUUCUGCCGGAAGCACGGCGAGAAGAAGUGGAAGUGCGACAAGUGCUCCAAGCGCUACGCCGUGCAGUCGGACUGGAAGGCGCACUCCAAGAUCUGCGGUACCCGCGAGUACCGCUGCGACUGCGGCACACUCUUCUCCAGGAGAGACAGUUUCAUCACACACAGAGCCUUCUGCGACGCCCUUGCGCAAGAAAACGCCAGGCUGCCGCCGGCCGGCUUGAGCUCGGCGAUCGGCGGCGCAGCAGGUCAACUCUUUUCCAGUCGAAACAUAAACCUCGGCCUUCCGCAGUUCAACUCGGCUCAGCUCUCGUCUUUUCAAGAUCACCAAGAUCCGUUGCCGGCGCCGCAGCCUAAUUCCGAUCAUCAUCUCCUCCACUCCAGGUCCAGGAUCAAUAUGAGCAGCGGCCAGUUCGACGUCGUCAUGGCUAAUCAUCACCUUAACAACACAGUCUCCUUCCGGGCACCGCCGCCGCCCCAUCAGAUUCCGCACUCGUCCCCUUUCUUCCUCGGGAUGGAGGACGGCGCGGCGGCGCCGGCCUUGCUUCAUGGCGGCCAAGGCUUCGGCGGCGCCUCGGCUAAUAAUAACAGCAACCUUUUCAACCUCGGCUGCUUCUUCCCUCCCAAGGUCGAGGGAGACGAGCAGCAGGGCAACGAGGCCGCCAUGUCUCUCUUCGGCGGCGGCGAGCUCAUGGGCCACCACGAGGUCCCCACCAUGUCGUCUCUCUACAACCCCGAGGCGCCGCCGCUGCUCCCGCAGAUGUCGGCCACCGCGCUGCUCCAGAAGGCGGCCCAAAUGGGCGCCACGUCGGGAGACGGCGGCUCGAUCUUCCUCAGAGACUUCGGCGGCGAGAGCUCCAGAAGCGCCAACGAGAGGCAGUACCAAGAGAUAAUCAUGAACUCGCUCGGCGGUUUCCACCGGCAGGGAUUCAUGCAUGACGUGGAGGAGGAGAAGCUGAACCAGCGCCUGAGCACGAGGGACUUCCUCGGCGUCAAUGGCAGCAUGAUGAGGAGCAUGAUGGAUCCGGCGGCCAUCGGCGAUCACGACUUGCAGGGAUCAUCCAUGGAUCACUCCACCUCCUCCACUCCAUCCUUCAAAAAUGCCGGUGGAAGAUUGCAAUAGGACUACUCUUCAUCAUUAAUCUUAAUUAGGGCUAAUUAAUCGAGCCAAUCUAAUUAGCCUUAAUCUUAGUCCCUUCUUCCUAGCUAGCUCGAAAGCUCCUUAUUAAAAUGUUGAAACUGGCAAACUUUUUCUUCUUGUUUUUUCUUUAAACUCAUGCUUAAUUAGCUACUUGAAUUCAUAACUGUCUUUGCAAUCUCCUCGUUGCUGUUGAUUAAGUUUAAUAAAUAACAGCUUGAAUUUCUCUUCUUAA